AUGGCCGACCACGAAGGAUUGAUCGCCCAAUUGGCUGACAUCACAGGUUGCUCCGCCGACCAAGCCAAAUUCUUUCUCGAAGCGAGUAACUGGAACGUCGAGGACGCCGCCAGCAGCUACUACGAAAGUUCUGAGCGUGGCAGCGCACCAGAGUCGGCCCCACCGGCUACCAGCUCGUCUAGCGGUCCGUUUGAGAGCACAGGGCCUUUCCAGGGAGGAGGCUCGCAGGGAAGCUCUUCCAAGGCAAAGGCGAAGAACACCAGCAGUUCCCGCGUGAAGACGUUCUCGGAACUUUUGUCAGGCGAACCUAGCGAUAGCGAAGAUGCCUCGGAUGAUGAACAGAACUUCUAUGCUGGUGGAGAGAAGUCAGGCCUUAUGAUGCAAGGAGGACCUAAAAGCUCGAAGAACCCAAAUGAUCUGGUGAAGGAUAUCCUGGAGAAGGCGUCAAAAGCAGGACCUGGACCUGAAGAACCUGUCAUCAAGCCUCAAAGAUUCACUGGAUCAGGGUACCGUCUUGGAAAUGAGGAUGAGCCUGCCACCUCUGGACCGUCUGUUCCCGUAGUUCGAGGAGAGGCCCCUAUCUCUCGAUACCUUACUUUCUGGCGUAAUGGAUUUAGCAUCGACGAUGGAGAGUUGCGUGCGUAUGAUGCCCCUGAGAAUCAAGAGUUCCUGAGAGCCAUCAACAGCGGACGUGCUCCAACAUCUCUCCUGAACGUGGCGUACGACCAACCCGUCGAAGUCAAAGUAACAAAGAACCUGGAGCAAGAUUACGUCCCGCCGGCAAAGAAGCCCAUGGCUGCUUUCAGCGGUACAGGAAACCGGCUGGGCGGAAUCGUGUCGGGAGGGGACAACAUCGAAGCGUCUAUACCCGGAGCAUUCCCAGGCGCGUCGUCAGCGUCUAGCGGUGGUGUUAGUCGUCCGGCAGCGCCCGUGUCGACGUUUAAGGUGGAUGAUAGUCAGCCGGUCACUUCGCUGCAGAUCAGAUUGGCGGACGGAACUAGACUCGUCACGAAAGCCAACCAUACUCACACAAUUGGUGAUAUUCGCGGUUUUGUCAAUUCAUCUCGCCCCGAAAACGCGACCCGCCGGUUCGUGCUCCAGACCGCAUACCCCGUCAAAGAGCUAUCAGACGACAAGGUCACGCUGAAAGACGCUGGUUUAAUCAACGCAGUUAUAGUACAGCGCUUCGUGUAG